AUGGACAGAGACAAGGAGCAACCUACCAGUGAUGUCACCGGAGGUGUGCUUUCCACCAACUGGACACGCGAUGAGCCAAUAGAGCCUUAUAGCAUUUACUCGAGAAAUGAGAAAUGGUUUAUCGUGGGCAUAGUAGCCGUUGCCGGCUUCUACAGGCAUGUUGCCCCGUUGCCCGCAAAUAUCUAUUUUCCUGCAAUUCCCAUGAUGUCGAAGGCCUUUGAAACGUCGGAGGAAGUCAUUAACCAGACUGUAACUGCCUAUCUUAUUAUGCAGGGUGCUUCCCCAAUGUUAUGGGGACCCCUUUCAGAUCGCUUUGGAAGACGGCCAGUUUUCCUUGCCUGUUUAUCUAUUUUGAUCGGGUCCUGUGUUGGCCUAGCCCUGUGCCCGACCAACGCCUUUUGGCUGCUCAUCGUUCUGCGUCUCCUGCAGGCAGGAGGAUGUGCAAGUACCAUCGCAUUGGGUGCUGGAGUAACAGGGGACAUUGCUACCCCGGAAGAGCGAGGCGGCUACUUCGGACUCUUCAAUCUUGGGCCAAUGCUAGCCCCUUGCAUCGGCCCUGCAGUAGGAGGCGCGCUUGCAGAGAGUCUAGGUUGGAGGGCCAUCUUCUGGGCAUUGACCAUCAUGGCGGUAACAUGCAUGAUUGUCAUAUAUGUCAUUAUGGCCACCAUAUCUUCUGCAUUCUCAGAUGUCUACCCCUGGCUGUCAGAGUCUCUGCUCGGUGUCAGCUAUCUUCCCACUGGUACGGGAAUGAUUAUUGGGACACAAGUUACCGGUAGAUUGCUGGAUUCAGAAUACACUAGAAUAAAGCGGACACAUGCGGGGGGGCCUUUCCCCAAGGAGUAUGCUCGGCUGCGAACGAUGCCAUUCCAUCUGGCCAUCUUCGUUUUGACAGUCGUUGGCUGGGGCUUUUCUCUGGGAAAGGCAGUACAUAUUGCAGUACCUCUGGUUAUGUCUGCCAUCCUCGGAUGGUGCGGUAUGGCCAUCCUCAACACUACAAUGACACUCAUGAUCGACAUCCUACAAUCUCGCAGCUCAGGGGCUACAGCAUGUACUAACCUCGUGCGCUGUUGGCUCGGGGCUAUCGUAGUCGCCACAACUGACCGAAUGGUCAAUAAACUAGGAUAUAUCUGGACAUAUGUACUGCUAGCCGGGAUAUCCGCGUGCAUGCUUCCACUCAUGUACGUGGAGAUGAAGCUUGGGCCGGCAUGGAGGAUCCGAAGAGAUGAACUUGACGAUGAUUUGAAGUGA